CACGGGGGAAAAUUUAGUGAGCGUGGAGGAAGAGUAAAAAGGAGUCUCGCGCAAAAAGACAAUGAGAAAGGAAUAAAAGAAGCAGGCCAAUCCCAGAGGAGUGGAAGACAGCUGACCUUUGUGGAUUUUAGAACUACAUACGCAAGACUUUUGGACUCAGUCGCAUCUACUGGUUACACGGUCAGCAUCAUGGCCAAACCUGAUCAACCCCCUGUGAGAAGUAAAGUCUGCAUUGGCAGCAUCAUCGGCACGGUCAUCCUGCUCCUGUCCAUCCCACCGUUGACGUCCCAAGCUCUGGAACCCAGGGAAAGUAGGACCGUCAAGGACAGCAGGGGCGAGGCACUCACCCGCGUGAAGAGGGGUUGGGUGUGGAACCAGUUCUUCGUCCUUGAAGAAUACACAGGCCUGGAGCCUCUCUACAUCGGAAAGCUCCACUCGGACAUGGACAGGGGCGACGGCUCCAUCAAGUACAUCCUGUCGGGCGAGGGUGCGGGGAUCAUGUUCACCAUCGACGACGUCACGGGAGACAUUCACGCCAUCCAGCGGUUGGACCGCGAAGUGAAGGCGCAGUACGUGCUGCGUGCCCAGGCGCUGCACCGGCAGACAGGACGCCCCCUUGAACCCGAGUCCGAGUUCAUCGUCAAGAUCCAGGACAUCAACGACAACGAGCCCAAGUUCCUAGACGGCCCGUAUCACGCCACCAUACCUGAGAUGUCUGAAAUAGGGACCUCAGUGAUCCAGCUGACAGCAACGGAUGCAGACGACCCCACCUAUGGGAACAGUGCACGGGUGGUCUACAGCAUCCUGCAGGGUCAACCGUACUUCUCUGUGGAGCCACAGACAGGCAUCAUUCGUGUCUCUCUCGCAGACAUGGACCGUGAGGUCAAGGAGAACUAUUCAGUUGUCAUCCAGGCCAAGGACAUGGGGGGCCAGCUGGGGGGGUUGGCUGGGACCACCACCGUCAACAUCACCCUGAGCGAUGUCAACGACAAUCCCCCCAAGUUCGCCCAGAGGCUGUACCAGAUGAGCGUUCCGGAAUCUGCGCCAGUGGGCUCCGCUGUUGGUCGGAUCAGGGCCAAAGACCGCGACACGGGGAUCAACGCUGAGAUGAACUACAGCAUCAUCGACGGGGACGGCCGGGACUCCUUCGACAUCAGCACAGACCCCACCAAUCAGUUCGGCAUCAUCACCAUCAAAAAGCGGCUAGAUUUCGAGAGCAAGCGCAGCUACACCCUGAAGAUCGAGGGCUCCAACACUCACCUGGACAAGCGUUUCGCAAAGCACGGCCCUUUCAGCGACACCACCAUCGUGCACGUCAGCGUGGAGGAUGUGGACGAGCCGCCCGUCUUCGACGCUCCUGCCUACUUUGUCGAGGUGGCCGAGGACGCCGAGGUCGGCACUGUGCUCAAGACCGCCUACGCGCGGGACCCUGACGUGGCCAACAACUCCAUCAGGUAUUCCAUCGAGAGGACCAGUGAUCCUGGGAAAUACUUCUACAUCGACAUCACGUCGGGGGCACUGAUGACUGUGAGGCCUCUGGAUCGGGAGGAAGUCCCCUGGCACAAUGUUACCGUGCUGGCCAUGGAGAUGAAUAAUCCUUCUCAAAUUGGGAGCGUGUCCGUCACGGUGAAGGUCCUGGACGUCAACGACAAUCCCCCUCAGCUGGCCCAGUACUAUGAGGCGUUCGUCUGUGAGAAUGCAAAGGCUGGGCAGCUGAUCCAGACAGUAACGGCUGUAGAUCCUGAUGACCCUCUUGGAGGUCAACACUUCUACUACAGCCUGGCCCCCGAGGCAGCCAACAAUCCCAACUUCACCCUCCGGGACAACCAAGACAACUCAGCCUGGGUGCUGACACGGCGCGGUGGCUUCUCGCAACGGGACCAGAGCAUUUACCGGCUGCCCAUCUUCAUCUCGGAUGGCGAGCAGCCAGUGCAGACCAGCACGGGAACGUUGACGGUGCGCGUGUGCAGCUGCGACGGCAGUGGCGGCGUGCUGUCCUGCGACGCCGAGGCCUAUACGCUUCCCACAGCUCUAAGUCGUGGCGCCCUCAUCGCCAUCCUGGCCUGUAUCUUUGUCCUCCUCGCUAUGAUCCUUCUGAUGCUGUCCCUCCGGAACCAGCGGAAGAAGCCCUAUCUGUGCGAUGAGGAGGAGAACGUCCAUGAAAACAUUGUGCGCUAUGAUGACGAGGGCGGUGGUGAGGAGGACACGGAAGCUUUCGAUAUUGCUGCCAUGUGGAAUCCCAGGGGAACUCACUUAGGAAGGUUCCGCCAAGACAUGUUACCAGAGAUUGAGAGUCUGUCGAGACAUGUCCCACAAGCUGCCGUGGCUGGGGCAGGGAUUGGUGGCGGCACCGGUGGUGUCCAUGGUUAUGUUCUGGCCAAGCUGCUGGAGGCUGACCACGACCCUGGCGCGCCACCCUACGACUCCCUCCAGACGUACGCCUAUGAGGGAGAGGGCUCGGUGGCAGAGUCGCUCAGCUCAUUGCAGUCGGCCACCUCCAAUGCUGACCACGACUAUGACUACCUCAGCGACUGGGGGCCCCGCUUCCGGAAACUGGCUGAGAUGUAUGGGGUACUGGAGACCAGCAACCCUCUCUGGUAGUCGUAACCCAAUGUGAUAACCCAGUCCGAUCCCCCUUGAAAAGUUUCUCCUUCUAACGUCUGACCAGCUCUUAAGUCUGUGUCUUCUUGGACAUACAGAUGUCGGUCAACUAUGAGCCUCUCUCGCUCCGGUGAAGACUUGGUUCAAAAGACAGGGCUUGAACUUGGAAUAAACAGAGAUCGAAACAGAGCACUGUUACGACACACUUGCCGAUGAGUGAAGAGGGAGCCUCUUGGGUUCAGAAGUCUUCUGUGUUGUCCAAUCUCAUCCCCAACCCCCAUGACCAUCAAUUUUCAUCAGCCUCCCAUGAAUGGAAACACAAGCAAAUGCCUCUAGAAUGGGAUUCCUUUCUGUCUGACCCACCCAGGACACUGUGAAAAUUAUUCCACUUUCUCAAGCGCUGGUGGCUUUUCACUCAUCAGUAUUUGUUUCUCCGUCAGAAUGACCUUGUUGGAAUUUCUGUCUGCAUUGUCCGUUACGUGUGAACAGAGGAGGAAUCUGAAUCCUUUCUGAAUUAGUGGACAUACCCGAGAAGGGUAUGUGACACAACAUCUGUCUCCUGCUGGUAGAAGACUGCCAUUAAUAGAAUGACCAAAAAUGUCUCAUCUGGCAGUUACAUCUAUUUAUUCCUGUGAGGUAUUUAUGUUUUAUAUAAAUUAUUGGCAAAGUCAAAAACUGGACGCAUACCCACAACUUUAGGUGGGGAAAAACAGCACUCAGACCUAAUGAUGUAAUGUGAUUAUUGUAAUGGUGUUCUAUAGGUAUUCGAUUUUUAUGUGUAUUUAAAUAAAUUCCCAGCCAUUCUAAUAUUUUUGGACAUUUGGGGAGUUCAA